GUCAGUAGUACCGUGCACGCAAUAUCUGGAAAACGAAGCAGUUGAGGAUGAAUCCGCAUUUAAUUAUCUUGCUGAGCCUGGCGGCAAUGAUAUCGGGCCAACGAGCAAACGAGCCGAUAGCCAUCGUCAGGCAGGAGCAGGACAUCAGCCCGGACGGUAGCUACUUUCUGAAAUGGGAGAGCGCCAACGGGAUUACCUUCGAGGAGCAGGGCGUCCAGAAGAAUUCGGGCCAGAAGGACAAGGAGGCCGAGGAGGUGCGCGGCUCGGCGUCCUGGACCGCGCCCGACGGGCAGAAAUUUAAUAUCGGCUGGCUGGCAGACGAGAACGGCGCCGUUUUCCAAGGUGCGCAUCUGCCGACACCGCCGCCCACGCCGGCAAUCCCGCCUGCCAUCCAACGCGCCCUCGAAUGGAUAGCCGCUCACCCUUACCAGGAGGAAAGAAACAAAGUGUAAACUGAUGCAACUCUCGCUACAGACACAUUGAAGAAUCGUACUUCACUUGCGUACGUUUAGCUUGGCGUCAAAUGUAGAAAAGACAAGUUUGUAUAAAAAUUUCGUAUGCCGAGGAAAGAUGUGACUUAAUUCCCGAUUCCUCGUCUCAACCACUCUUAUAUUGUUUCUCACGAAUAUAAAAUAAUAUAAUAUUAUAUAUAUAAAUAUAUAUAUUCUGUUUUAAGUGUACCCAACGUGCGACCAAUUGCGAUAAUUGUGAUAUUGAAUUGUGUGUUGGGAUAAAUGCGAUAUUGAAAGAUUUGAUUGAGGAGAGAUAAACUCUUGUCAGUUAUAAAAUCAUCAAAUAUAUUACGAGAUCUUUAAGACAAACGCUAUCAAUUAUAUUAUUGGAAAAUAUUGCGUUGUCGUGUUUACUUCAAUAUUCGCAAUUAUCCCGGUUAGCUAUAAUUUAAACAAUUCUAUCAAUCGGAUUAACCGUAGACAAAUAUGCAGAGAGAGUUAUUGGUUUAAGAGCAGAACAUCUUGUAAGUCAAUAAAAACCUCAGAAUAUUCACAUA